CACUGAAGGGUGUCCGUCCUCCCUCUUACAGUACGUAACCAUGACAACAGCCCCGGAUGGUGGAGGGCGAGGGUAGACAGGUGUUGGGUUGCGCAGAGGAGAGACACCUACGCGAUCGCUCCACACUUUCCCAUGUAUCCUGCCUUCAGCAUCUUCUGUACGCGCGGAUCUUUCUCGGGUAGCAGCAUGGUGCAUCACUCUGGUUCCAUACAGUCCUUCAAGCAGCAGAAGGGCAUGCACACCAGCAUCAGUGAGAUAUUAAAGGAGAAGACGCUGAAGUCGUCUCGCCGCAGUUUGCCGUGUCUGGCUCAGAGUCAAACACAUCCACAAAACCUCAACCACUGCUUAUCUGUGCCUCUGAGUCCUGAACCCAAAUCAUACACACAGAGCGUCAGUGCCUCCUGCACACACAUCACACCUCCUCCUCCCGCAGCAGAUACAGGUCAAGAUGUCUAUACAGAGGAGAGGGAGGCAGAGGAGAUUAAGCCUAAAACAGAUGAGACGCUCCUCGUUCAAAAAAAGCCGAUGUCCAGAGGAAAACUAGAGGCUCGCAUAGACUCCAUUAAGGGGAACAAACUGCAAAAGCCCUCUGGGUUAAUGUUUCGAGAUGGGAAGAAACGUAUCGACUACAUUUUAGUGUAUAAGAAAUCCAGCCCUCAGGUCGAGAAGAGAUGCACGUUUGAGAGGAAUCUGAGGGCAGAGGGUCUAAUGCUGGAAAAGGAGCCCUCAUUAACCAACAAUGAUAUCAUGUUUGUGAAGAUUCACGCACCGUGGGACACGUUGUGUAAAUAUGCAGAGCAGAUGAACAUCAGAAUGCCCUUCAGGAGAAAGUGUUACUUCACAGACUGGAAGAAAAAAACUAUGGGCAGUCGAUUUCAGAUGAAGUUUCGUCAAUUAAAAAGUUGGUUGCCCAAGAACCCUAUGAAACUGGAUAAGGAAGCGUUACCAGAUCUAGAAGAAACCGACUGCUACACUGCACCAUUCAGCAGAACCAGAAUGCAUCACUUCACCAUCAACAACAGAGAGACUUUUUUCUCAAACUCGACGAGGAGCAGAAUAGUACAUCAUGUACUACAACGGACGAAGUAUGAGGAUGGAAAGGCUAAAAUGGGCAUCAAUCGGUUACUUGGCAACAACACAUAUGAGGCAGCGUUCCCUCCGCAUGAGGGAAGCUACAAAAGCAGACAUCCGAUAAAGACUCACGGUGCCCAGAACCACAGACACCUUCUGUAUGAAAGAUGGGCACGCUGGGGAAUCUGGUACAAAUAUCAGCCUUUAGACCUCAUUCGGCGGUACUUCGGCGAGAAGAUCGGGCUGUAUUUUGCAUGGCUGGGCUGGUAUACAGGUAUGCUGAUCCCUGCUGCACUUGUCGGCCUCUUCGUUUUUCUCUAUGGGCUUUUCACCAUGGACUCCAGCCAAGUGAGUAAAGAGAUCUGUGAGGCCAACACCACCAUCAUGUGCCCCAUGUGUGAAGGAAACUGUAGCUCCUGGACGUUGAGUGACAGCUGUGUCUAUGCAAAGGUGACUCAUCUUUUUGAUAAUGGAGGCACUGUCUUCUUUGCAAUCUUCAUGGCAAUAUGGGCCACGGUGUUCCUUGAGUUCUGGAAACGGAGGAGGGCGGAGCUAACCUACGACUGGGAUUUGAUUGACUGGGAGGAAGAGGAGUAUAGACCCCGUGUCAUGCUGUGUUCUGAGGAACUACGGCCCCAGUUUGAAGCCAAAUACUCCCGGAAGGAGAGAGUAAACCCCAUCUCAGGAAAACCAGAACCCUUUCAGCCUCUCACAGACAAACUCAGCCGGCUCAUGGUGUCUGUGUCGGGAAUCUUCUUUAUGAUCUCUUUGGUUCUGACAGCCGUGUUUGCUGUGGUGGUGUUCCGGCUCAUUGCCAUGGAGAAAUUUGCAUCCUUUCAGUGGGAGUUUGUGAAGAAGAACUGGCAGUUCGCCACCUCAGGCACUGGAGUUUGCAUUAACUUUAUGAUAAUCAUGUCUCUGAAUGUGGUCUAUGAGAAAGUGGCCUACCUACUUACAAACUUGGAACACCCGCGAACAGAGUCAGAAUGGGAAAACAGCUUUGCCCUCAAGAUGUUCCUCUUCCAGUUUGUCAAUCUCAACAGCUCCACCUUCUACAUAGCAUUCUUCUUAGGCAGGUUCGCUGGCAGGCCGGGCGACUAUAAUAAGCUGUUUAACCGAUGGAGAAUGGAGGAGUGUCACCCCAGUGGUUGUCUGAUUGACUUGUGUCUACAAAUGGGAGUGAUCAUGGUGUUAAAACAAAUCUGGAACAAUUUCAUGGAGCUGGGCUACCCACUAUUGCAGAACUGGUGGUCUCUGCGUAAGAUCAAGCGUGCAGGUGAGCAGAGUAAAAGUAAAGAAGAACUUCCACAGUGGGACAGAGACUGGAACCUUCAGCCCAUGAACACUCACGGCCUGGUGGACGAGUACCUGGAAAUGGUUUUGCAGUUUGGUUUCACCACUAUUUUCGUGGCGGCCUUCCCUCUGGCUCCACUACUGGCUUUGCUCAACAACAUCAUUGAAAUCCGAUUGGACGCCUACAAGUUUGUCACGCAGUGGCGGCGACCAAUGCCAGCACGGGCUACUGAUAUCGGCAUCUGGCAUGGCAUCCUGGAGGGAAUCGGAGUUGUGGCAGUCAUAACAAACGCCUUUGUCAUCGCCAUCACUUCAGACUACAUCCCUCGCUUUGUAUUUGCUUUCAAAUACGGCCCCUGUGUGGACAAGGGUUACCGGAACGAAAAAUGUCUGAGAGGAUACCUGAACAACAGCUUGUCUGUGUUUGACAUGGGCGAGAUGAAAAAUGGAAGUUAUCACACACGAUAUUGCAGAUAUCGGGAUUACAGAGCACCUCCAUGGAGUCCAGAGCCCUAUGAUUUCACUCUGCAGUUCUGGCACGUUUUGGCUGCCAGAUUAGCCUUUAUCAUCGUCUUUGAGCAUCUGGUGUUUGGCAUCAAGACCUUCAUAGCCCACAUGAUUCCAGACAUGCCCAAAGACCUGUGCGAUCGCAUGCGUCGAGAGAAAUACCUUAUGCAGGAGAUGAUGUAUGAGGCGGAAUUGGAGCACCUGCAGAAAGAACGGAAAAAAAAUGGCAAACGUUUUCACCACGAGUGGCCUUAGUCGUGCCUGCCCAUAAACUCACACAUUAACACGUACAUGCCCACAGGAGAACCACGUAUAUACAAGAGAACAUCAAGACUCGGAAGUCCCGAAGAGACGUCAAAGCAACGCGCAUUAGUGAACAUACAUCCUCAACCAUUCUGCGGCCUUGGACGGCUAGCUAUACCGAUUCUGUGCAUGUGCUGCCCACUUCAGAUCUUCAUUUCUGUGUUGAACCAGGGAGAGCACUCUGUGUGUGAGGUCAUAACCAGAUCUCCGGUUUGGCCUUUAGAACCUGGAGUCGGCAGCUGUGCUCUGCACCAAAGAGGUUCUACUCAGCCGUUUUACACAUUAGAGAAAGCUCUAAGGAUGGAAAUGUGUAAGAUGCACUUUUAGGUUAAAAAAAAACCCUGAACCGUUCAAAAUCGUGUGGGGAUACAGCAAUGUGGAGGUGGAUUAAGAUGGAAGCACAACCAGAUCCGCCUCUCUAAGUUGGCUUGGUCUUAUUUUGUAUUUUGACAAAUUCUAUUGAUUUAAAGAAGAUCUUUUCAUCAAAUACUGGUCCUUCUUAGCAUGGCCUGCACUGGCCCUGCUAUGUCCUGUCUUACUUCUGAAUGAAAACAGAGCAUCUGUGUAGCCGGUUGAGAUGGUUUACUAUGCAGACGAAGCGCUUUGGCGUUCCUGUUUUCUGCUUGCCUACAUGUCUACCUGUUUCUCAUUCUGUCUAUUCGUAUGUGGCAGCUAGCAUCCCGCCGUGAAGCCGUUCCCUUCCUGGAACCAGGCAACGUAACAACGUUUACUUAAAAUAAUAUGAAGGAUACUAACUAACCAAUGCCCUCUCUCUUCGCUUGCCAGCAUCUCACAGUGUGAUCCUUGUUACAAAAGCGGUUUCUGGUAAAGGUUACCAAACCUGAAAAGGACAGUUUUUAUGUAAUGCAUCGCCUUGAAAAGAUAUGCAGACAUUUGUUUCAAUACAAUAAGUCAUUUGGGGAAGGCAAAAUAAGAGUCAAUUGCAAACGUUGGCAAAACAGUCCUAGAAAUAGCAAGCAUGCUUUUAUCGCAAGUUGAUUUUUAUUUUUCAUCUUUUUCAUUAGCGUGUUUUUUUAAAAGACAACGGGGAGAAUUCACUAAACAGUUGUGCAGCUUUUAGUGUUUUACUGCAAAAACUCGCUAGUGUACACCAACCGUCUGUAACCGAUGUUUACCCAGAGCUACAUGCUUGUACAGUGCUGUUUUGUAAUCUUUUCGAGAGCAAACACACUGUUUAUGUCAAUUCAGCUUAAUAUUAAAAUGUCUAAAACAAUUGUGCCCUCUGACUCUGAAUGUACAUUUCCAUAGGACUUUCAUUUACAAGCUGUGCAAUUUAGAAUAAGCAAGGCGGCAUUGCUUUUAAAAGCAGCAGGGAGAAACACAGUCGAAUAACACAGACAUCUUGAGAGAUGUUUCAAAAAACGAAAAUAAUGUUGCCUGAAUACAAGUACACGCAAUAUGUGUGAAAUAUGACUGGAUGGAUUGCUGAGGGCUGUAUCAGUAAUAGACUAUAUUCAAAAAAUACAGAAAAAAAACUGUUUCACAAAACUGUGAAAUUUUUACAUUUUCUAGUAACCAUGGCAUGGUCGUCCAUUGAUGGGGAUUAAAUGUGAAAGUAAAACUGUACUGUGCUUGCACUCAUUCAGACGAGUACCUGUGUUGCAUCAUUCUAAUCAGGUGCUAAACCAUGCAUUGUGUGCAUAUAAACAACAUUAUUAGUGAGUGCGGAUCAUUCUUAGUGAAUUCCCCCCAUGUCAGAUUUCUUGUUUGUUAGGUUGUGUGAAUUGAAUUUGAUAGUGUUGCAGUGUAGCUUUGUUUUGAUGCUGCUCUUUGUGCACGACUGUGUUGUGUUUUUAUGUUUAUGGGUGCGUCAGUCCAUGUCCCCUCCGAUCUAUGUUUGGAAUAGCACUUAUACAGUAUUCUUACUAGUUUAUCCCCCACUGCAAAUGUUGUGUAAAAUAUCUUUGAUGAUUUGAAUGUUUGAUGUGACAACUAUGUAGCCUAGUACUGUAUGAAAUGUUUAUCGUUGCAUAAUGCAUCACAUGCAGUCAGGGAUGGGCAUAAAUACAUGUAAAUGUAUUUAAAAUAAAAAUACAAAAUACUGAGUGGAAAAGUGUAUUUAAAUACAAAUACAAAAUACUGUGUGGAAAAAUUUAUUUAAAUACAAAUACAGUAUUUUGUAUUUUGAAAAUACUCAAAAUACAUGUGAAAUUGGUGAUUCAGUGCAGGUACCCCUAUUAGGCUGAAAUCUUUCUGGGCCUAUUCUAAAUGCCAAAAGCAUGAUGUGUUUAACUGCUAAGAAACUUUCGUUUUCAUUUUAUUUACCGCUUCCCUUCCCCUGCCCGGUAGGAAAUACGCAUCUACAAAAAAAGACACUUUAUAAAUGUUUUUAUUUUAUUAUGUUUUAUCACCAUCAUAACUUCGAACUCAGUAACAAAAAUAGAAAUUUUGUCUAAAAUAAAAAAUAAAUAAAAUUAGAAUUUGGCAUUAUUCGCCCAAAGUUGUUUUUUUUCUACUGAAAGAUAAAGAUUUUGUGUUGUGUAUCAUUCAUCAGUGUCAUCACAGAUGCACACAAUCAAUACACUAAACUGAUGGAGAUUAUUUUGUUUAAUACAAUCGUUAAUUAAAAGAAAAUAAUGCAUUUAAAAAUGUAUAAGACAGUAUUUUUCAAUUUAGUGUUUAAUGUUAUCAUAUAUUGAUAUGUUUUGUUAUAAUGUCACAAUUUGAAGUUAACUGGGUUUUACUGAGGGUUUAAGAAGUGUACUCAAAACCUUUUUCACAUAAUGACCUAAAAAUGACCCAAAAUCUAAUCAAUUUAUAUGUGAAGAAAUCCAUUAAUCACGAGAAGAGUGUUUCACAAAUUAUUCGGCAAACAAAUGACUUUCUCUCAUCGCUCCUUUUUGAUGAUUUGGAGAAGAAUUUAUCAGAGUCGCUGCCCGUCGUUUCACAGAUUUAUACAACGGAGAGGACGUCAAGCAUAAAAGCCUCGUCGGUUUAAUGAGGAGUGCGCGCAGUAAACAGUUUCGCGGAGUAUUUAUGUGAAUUGUAAAGUAUAAACAAGGCUUCAACUGCAGAAAACUACAAGACAAAGCGGCAACUGUGAGCUUAUUCCAACGCUUACCGCGUCACACGUGACUCUCCGUCUCGGAGUGCACAAAAAGUGAGAAUUAGAAUUUCCUUUCCUUUUAAUAACAAAUCACAAUUAUUCAUUCACACUUGUUUCUUUUUCCACUCUCAUGUUCCAAUUAUUCCUGCCCACUAAAAGGUAAACAUAAAUAUUUACUUACCCCAAUAGCUCUAUAAACUAUUUAAAAAAAGUUAAAUCAAUUUAUAUAAUCGCUACGAAUCUACGACAUGUUGAUGUUGUCAUGACAUCACCCAUACCUAACACGCAGUAACGUUAAUAUUUUAAACACAAAUAAAAUUGACCAUGAAAUCCUCACAUUAUUCUAGAAAAGUCGCAGAUCCAAUGCUGGGUUGUAUCUACAGCUGAAGCUCACGUGCAUGAUUGCUGGGGGAAGGGCGUGUCUGGCCUGAAUUAUGUUGGUUGAUGCACGAAAAACCCCUAAUAAAAAGGUUGACUGGCUCAAAGUAUUUUGAGUAUUUUGAAAAUACAAAAAUACUCAUCUUAAAUGUAUUUAAAUACAAAUUACAUUAGAUUUUUCCAAAGGCUUUAAAAUACAAAAUACAAAAUACUAUUUUGUAUUUCAAAUACGUAUUUUAAAUACAUGUAUUUGAAAUACUGCCCAUCCCUGCAUGCAGUAUUGUUUUUGAUGGCAGAAUGCAGGAAACUAUUGUAAUAGUAUUCGGAUGUGAAUAUAAAAAUUUAGGAAUAUAAAACAUUUCAAUCAAUCCAAAUACAAUUAGUCUAUUAGACAAAUAAUUUCUCCAAGUUGUCAUUGGGACAUUGGACAUGAAACUGAAUUUCCACAUUUAACAAUUUGUUUUAGUUUAACCUUUUUUAAUAUGUUGCUUUUAUUUUCUGUCAUAUUUUUUUAGUGUGUGUGUGUGUGUGUGUGUGCGCGUACUUGAUGAAAUGAGUUUCCCAGCAUGCAUCUCAUCAUUUCAGGAAACCCAAGACAAUGGCUGUGGUCAGAAUAGCAUACUACCAUACGUGUGCAAAUGAAUUUGAUAUGUGUCUGGAAAACCCAAAUGACCCACUACAUUUGUCAAAAUCUGAAGCAUAUAUUCAUAGCAUGGAAUAACUUUGCCCGCAAUGCAAUGAUCUUUAUGUUUUCCAGUCUGAGAUAUAAAUAUGAACACGGAGCAUAUCAAUCAUGAUUUCUUAUGAUUUUUAUCUUGCCAUAUUUUUUCCAUCAGACAUCUAAAAGUUUGGUUUUUUUUUGGCGUAAGAUACAUUUGACAUUGAAAUAAAGAAUCAUCUCUACAUCUCUAGAGAUGAUAACUAAUCAAACUCGAUAAUUGAAUCAAACAGGCAGAAUGCUGAGGUCUAUAGAAUGUAAAUCCUGCCAAAUUUAAAUGAGGAAAAUGAAAACUUAAACCAGAUUAACAAUUUCAUUGUACAUAACUCCAUAUACAAUAUCUGCUGAUUGAAUGAUUUAAUUUUAACACUGACAAUACAAUGUCCCUGUCGAACUGAACAAGAAAAUGUAAUUGGUAAUUUGACAUUUCAUUUUAAAUAAAAUCUCGAGGGAAGACUGGCAAUUUGAAAAUGUAAAGGUAAUGUGAAAAAGAAAUUGUAAAAACAUUUUAACAAAGGUUUUUAUUCAUGCUCACGCAAUAAUAAUCAAUUCAAAGACACAAUUCAAAUUGAAAUAAAAAGUUAUAUUGGUCUUUGUAACGAUUAUGGCUGACUUGUGCAUGGUGCAAUACCGAAAAGUUGCUCAAUGGUGUUCUGUAUCUCUGACAAGUUAACAGACGUCUGAACACAUGAACAAACUGAAGCACUGGAGAGUCCUGCGUCUAAUGAAAAUGAAAAUCUAAUAAAGAGAAAAUCAAAUGAAUAUCAAAUUUUACAUUUUAAUCUGAAUUGUGCCAGUAUUAUUAUAAGAGCAUUAAUUAAAAAAAAAAAAAAUUAUGCAAUUUCAUUUUAACAUUUGCAUUUUCAUUUUUAUGUUGGCAGUCUUACCUUGAGAUUUUAGUGAAAAUGAAAUGUAAAAUCACCAAUUCCAUGUUCUUUUUCAAUUUGACAGGGGCAACACAGUGUCAGUGUAAAACGAAAAAAACAUUACAUUUUAUUUUUCAUUUUGGCACAUAUGUGCGUGCAGUUAUGUAUAGUGAACUUGUUAAAUUGGUUUUCUUUUUCAUUUAAUUCACUCAUUUAAAUUUAAAUGUUUAACUUUAGCAGGAUUUAACUUCCAUAGAGGUCGUAUGACAAAUGUGAUUUUGCAAAUGUAUGAAUUAUUGCAUAAUGUCUGAACACAGCCAUGUGCGUGUCUUCCUCAGGCUCCUGUGAGUGUUUUACAGACGAUAACUUUGUAUCUUAAAUCUUGUAUUGCUUUUUUAAAUAUAUAUUUUUGCAUGAGUAUAGAUCCCAUAUGAGAAUGUAGAUUGUGGUAUUCUUAUAUUUCAUUGCACUGAAAAACAGCCCCAAACAUUAAAUGCUAUUGUCAUUUCAAA